CGUAUAUAUACCGGCGCCGCAGAGGAAGCGUCAGACUAACUCCCGAGUCGCAACACCAAACACAAUGGCCAAGGCUGUAUUCUUCGUGCUCUCCGCGCUGCUGGUGCUGGCCGCCGCCAUGCCCGAACCCAAGGCUGAGCCGAAGCCGGAGGCUAAGGCUGAACCCGGAUACUUUGGCGGCUACGGCGGCUUUGGCGGCUACGGAGGCUACGGCGGCUACGGAGGUUAUGGCGGUUAUGGCGGCUUCAGACGCUUCGGCGGCUAUGGCGGCUAUGGCGGCUACGGAGGCUACGGAGGCUACGGAGGCUAUGGCGGCUAUGGUUACUAUGGUUAACUUCCCGGGCUCCUCAGCAAUCACAAGCCAACGCUCUCCGCCUAUCAUUUAACUUAACAAUGAUCAUUUCCUGUGCCUGCCAUCUGACACCAUUUCAGAGCACUGUCUUUCAUCAACAAUAAAUAUUUUAAAACAAA